CAUGUACAUAUUUUCUUUUUGCAAUUUCAUAGCGAGGACAGCGGUGGCAAUAAUAAUCGCCGCUGCACUCUUUCUUCUGUUGUCGCCGCCUUUGUCCCGUAGCGGUUCAUUCCUUUCUUCUUCCUACCCUUUCAUGUCUGCCUUUUGCCUUUUUUUCAUCCUUCCUACAUCCAUUUUAUUUUCAUUUGUCUUUUAUUUCUUUGGCUCGACUUCACCCGCUUCUUGCAAUGGCCAGUUGGCAGUAACAUCCUUAACCAGAAAUAAAAGAAUGGGAUGA